UUUUGUGUUACUGUUGCAAAUAGACGCGUCAAUAACAAACAUUCGAAAUCGUACGAAACAUUUCGGGAUAUUCGCUGAAUUUUCAACAAUAAAUUGCUUAUGAGCAUAAUUUAUAACGAUUUUGUUUUUAAUUGAUUAAUUAAUUGAAAUAAAAUUGCAAAAAUGUCAACUAUUCCACGAAAAGUGUUCAUCCAAGUCGAUACAACGGAAGAACAGGAAAACACCAAAAAUGCUCGAAAAACAUUGAAAAUUCUUCAGAAAGGAGCAACUGAUAAGGAAAACUUGAUUGGUCGUCCAGUUACAGAAAAAAAUCUGUUCAAAAAAUCAAAAUCUGAAACGGCUGUUAUUAGUUCAACACCAAGCUCAGAGCCAAGACGUCGUAAAUCAAGCCAAGAUCCGACCGAAAAAACGCACGACAAAAUAACGGAAGAAGACUUGACGUCAGAAGGUGAGCCAAGCGAAGGUUAUUGGAAAACAUUGGCCGAGAAGCGGCGCAUUGCAUUGGACGUCUCAUUGAAAGAAAAUGAGGAAUUACACGAUAAAGUGGCCAGUUUGGAAGAGGAGCUCAACAUAUCGCGCAGCAUGUUAGAAGAAUCCAGAAAUCUGGUCGAACUAUUAACGGAAAUCAUCCAAGAACAAGAAGGUGAUGCGAAUGACAGCGGUUUGCCAAACAAUCUGGGCAUUAAUGCAAAUAUAUCACGUCCCCUAAUCGGCAGUGAUUCAACAAGUGAUGACACAGCCGACGAUACGUGCGAUGAAGGUGCCAUUACUGAUGAUGCCAUCUCACUCGAAGACAAUGAUCCGAAAUCAGAAUGAUUUAUUUCACACGAAUCUUUUCUUUCACUGUGUGUUACUAUAUGUUUAGUUGUAGUCAAUUUUUCAUACCUACCAUUUCGCUUGCGCCAAAUCAGAAAAUUAUGCAAAUUGAGAUGAAUUUAAAGAAUUUUGAACUGAACUUACCAUUUAUUUCUUUUCUCUUUGAAAUUUUUUAUUUUUGAAGUUUUUUUGCAUGAAAUAUUUAACGUUGCGUGAAAUUUACCUUAAGGCAUAUUUUUCUAAAAGACUGUUCUUGCAGAGCAUACUUUACAUAAUUCAUCACGUAGAAAAUGCUUGAAAAUUGAUUACAGAAUUUCCAAUUGUUUUUUUUUUACUGUUAGGUUGAAGAAGAUUUUAUAAAGACGUUGAACAAAAUCAUUUUCAGAAUUGUUUUGGGGCAGUUUUAAAUAAAGUAUUAGUCGCUACUUGAGAAAUAUGAAAUGUCGUUGUUUAAUGUCGGUUAAAAAUCCAGUUGUUCCAAAGAGCUGAAAUAAAAUCCGUUAUUUAUUAAUAAAAACAACGAAAUGAAA